AUGUACUAUCAGUUUGAUCUUGUGUCUCAACAAUCACCCAACAUGAACUCCAUGAUUGUUCUCACCUUUGUCGCCUUGGUAGCUUCCGCGUCUGCUGACCGAUUAGGCUUAGGAUUAGGGUUAGGUUUGGGAUGGGGAAACCCAGGCCUCAUCCAUGCUCGUGCUCUUAGCCCAAUCGGUCCCUCAGGUAUCGUAACUGGAGCCGGUGCUGCCGGUCCUUCUGGAAUCGUAACCGGAGCUGGAGCUGCUGGUCCUGCUGGAAUAGUCAACGGACGUGGCGCUGUCGGCCCAACUGGUCCCAAUCUAGGUGGUAUCUUAGGUGGUCCUGCUGCCUUAGGUUUGAGAUUGGGCGUCGCUGGCAUCGGUCUUAGACCAAUUGGACCUGCUGGAAUCGUAACUGGAGCUGGUGCUGCUGGUCCCUCCGGAAUCGUUACUGGAGCUGGAGCCGCUGGGCCUGCUGGAAUUGUCACUGGACGUGGAGCUGUUGGCCCAAGCGGACCUAAUGUUGCUGGAGUCUGGGGAGCUCCCGCUUUAGCUUUAAGAGGAUGGGGAGCUGGACCAUGGGGCCACUAA